CAUCAUCUGCCGUCGAUGAUCGGAGGGUCUUGAUCCGACAGGGAUGCUGUCAUGUUUCCCUGACUGCUGUCAUAUUCGAAUGGUGUGAGAGGCCUCAGGGGACAAUUGCUGGGGGAAAAAACCCUGCAUCGCCACAAGUGAUCAGGGAUUCAUUCCUGUCGAUGAUCGGCCUGUUUGGCGUUGAGUCGUCGUCCAAUAAGCAAGCACAAGGGCUGUUUCAUGACUGGCAGCCAGGGCAAAGUAAGAUCCAGAGUAAGACCAUUAAAAGUGGGAGCUUGCCAGCCCCUCCCGGGUCUCAAAACAGCGUCUAGUACCUUGUAGUCCCAACCGACCUCUCCCAUCCCCUACCUUGGUCUCCACUCGUUCUGGCAGAGGAAGCAGAGAGAAAAAUAAGAGGGGGAAAAAAAGAUUUACCCUGGGAUGUGUUAAAUCCCCAAGUCUUGUCGAUUGCUAGCAGAAUCCUUUCAAGGUUUUGUCUGUCAUCGAGAUCCGUCCCUUGUCCCUCUAAUCCCUCCACUCUCCUUCAACCCCCACCCACGAACCUCAUCCGUCAUGCAGGAAAAGCAAGAGGCUGAGGCCCAUGUGGGCUCGGACAUUGAGCCGUCCAGCGGCAGCCCGACCAGUACCACCUUCGGGGAGCAAGAGGAGGUGUUCAAGCAGACCGACUCCGGAGUCGACUUCCGUAAGGUCGGCUGGUUCAAUGCCGGUAUCAUUUUCACCAAGAUUCUCUUUGCCACGGGUGUGCUGUCCCUGCCCGAGUCGCUGGCCGCGCUGGGUGCCGUGGGAGGCUCGCUGAGCAUCGUCGCCUGGGGUUGCUUCAACACGUAUGCCUUCACCAUCUUGGGUGACUUCCGUGCCCGCCAUCCCAGCUGCCACUCGGUGGCCGACAUGGCCGGCGUGGUUGGUGGCGUCGUGGCCAAGGAGGUGACCGGUUUGCUCUUCAUCAUCGCCUACAUCCUGGUGACGGGCAGUGGCAUCAUUGGUGUGUCGACGGCGCUGAAUGCGCUCUCGCACCACGCCGCCUGUACCGUGUGGUGGUCGCUCAUUGCCACCGUGGUGACCAUCGCUACGGCCUCGAUCCGCAAGCUCCAGCACGUCGGCUGGCUGACCUACGCCGGGUUCCUGUCGAUCUACAUCGCUGUCCUGAUUGUCGUCAUCGGAGUCACCACUGUCGACCGUCCCGCAGCGGCCCCCCAGACGGGCGAUUUCGAUCUGGGUUACUACGCCAUCAACAACCCCGGCUUCGCGGCCGGCAUGGUCGCCUCCAGCACCAUCUUCGUCUCGUCCGCCGGUACCAGUGCCUUCCUGCCCGUCAUCUCCGAGAUGCGCAACCCCAAGGAUUACAAGAAGCCGCUGUAUCUCUGCAUGCUUUUGGUCAACGCUUCCUAUUUGGCCUUUAGCUUGGUCGUGUACCGCUGGUGCGGCCAGUACCUUGCCAGUCCCUCGCUGGGAAGUGCCGGGCAAACCGUCAAGAUGGUGUCGUACGGUGUCGGAUUGCUGGGAUUGAUCGUCAGCGCCACGGUGUACUUGCACGUCGGCGCCAAAUACGUUUUCGUGCGACUCCUCGCCGGUUCGCCCCACCUGCAGAGCAACUCGCUCGUGCAUUGGGGCACCUGGCUGUCGACGACUUUCGUCAUGGGCGCGCUGGCCUUCGUGUUGGCCUCGGCCAUCCCCAUCUUUACCUUCCUGAUCGCGCUGGUGGGCUCCGUGUGCUUCGCCCCGCUGGCGAUGGCGCUUCCCGGUUGGCUGUGGCUGUACGACCACGGAGACUACAAGAGGGGCACGCUGCUGCAGAAGAUCAUCUACGUGCUACACGUGGGGAUGGUGCUGCUGGGUCUAUUCUUCCUCGUCGGUGCCACAUAUGGUGUGGUCAUGCAGAUCAAGGCCGCCUACGCGACGGGCCAAAUCGGCUCUGCAUUCAGCUGUGCCGACAACUCCAACUCCUCGUAGAGAGAUGAUAAUUGGGGAGCAGGGACCCUAGAAUGACCGGCGAGGUAAUUGAUAAAAAACCGAUGAAUUUUGGGCUUCUAGGCGUGCGGGGUUCAUGACGGAUGUGCCCUCGGUGUUCUUCACUCUUUUAGCCGUUUCUUAAUAUUCUGAUCUUUUUUUCUUCUUCUUUCUUCCCAUGGCGCCCUCUGCACCGUCACUCCUUGGGUGUUGGAGACGGCCCAGUGGUCUCCACGACCCAUUUAAGUAUGUACCAGAUAGUCUGCUUGUGAGACAAUUUUAAUCUCAAUCUUCAUAUGUCUGGCAUGGAUGCCAG